AGUGGAGGUUCUACACCAUUUUGACUGGGGCGGGGGCAUUUAUACACUGCUCUGCAGUUGUAUUUUGCAGUUUUUACAAAUACAGUGGUGAUCAAAUAUAGAAAACGACAGACAUUUUUAUAAUAUAGAGAGUCACAGCUUAUCCGAAUUCAAAGUUAUUCUAAUAUGAAUAGAAGAAAUGUAUUUUAAUCAUAUUUCACCAGUGAAAGCUAUGCCCCAUCACAAAAUAAAUGGUUUUAACAAGAAAUUUAAACAUCAAAAUUUGAGAAUGAUCUGAUAUACUUGACGGUUUUUGGAUCCAAUCUGAAAUAUCUUGAAAUAUCUGGCAAACCCAACUAUUUGGCAACAUUUGUAGCCAUUUUACAAGAUGGUGGAACUUUCUAAGGUGACCAAAACCCCGUGACACCAGGUUAUUCAGAUGAAGGCUGAUGGGAUGGACCACUGAUGGGAUGGCCACACUGUAAUCAUCCAAGUCCUGAAAAAGGCUGGUUGUCAAUAUACAGUAUGUUGAGUGCGUGAGUGAACAGGAUGAUGGGGAGAUUCUCGUGGGUGAUCAGUUCAACAGCUGGAAUUGCUUGCCAAAUUAGUUCUGGGCAGGGCAAGAAUUUGCCUUAACAGUGUCUCAUCAUCUGGGACAAUAUGGUCUGAUAGCCCCCUCCACAGUGACCAAGACACCCAUCAGCAAGAAGAAUGAAAAGGGUAAUUUGGUUCGAUGGACAAUUCAGGGCAGAUUCACAAUACAUAAACAAAAUAAAACUGAAAAACUAAGAUCUCACACUUCUUUUAUUCAUUUAUAGGCAUGGGCCAAUUACUAAAAAGCCAUUUUCAAGCCAUUUCUUAUGCAAAACUGCAAAAUGCAAAAGUAAAACCUCAAAAUCUCUUAAAUUAAAGCAGAUCCUUACCUUCUUGAAACUGAAAGGAUAAUUAUGUCCUUAAUGUAAUAACAAUGUAUAAGACAGGCAGUUCUUAUUUGUUCCUGCAUGAACAUUGACAAAAAAAAUAAAUCCUUUCAGACAGUUUUUUUUCCUUAUUCUGCAGAAUCCAGUGCAAAAUGCAGCAUUAAAAUGUCAAAGCAAAACAGAUUAUGCUUAUUGCUCCCUCUUGCAUUAACAUUAAUAAAUAAUUUUGUGCCAUGGUGCAUUGUUAAACCCCUAAUCCUGAGCAGUAUAAGGAGUUGGGAAAUGAAUUCAUUGUACUCAGGAAUACAAAAAAUAUGUAGUAAGACAACAAGAGAUGCAGUAAUGAGCUGAUCUUAAACAUUUAAUCUUGGAGGUCUACAUUCUAUGAGGAAAAUGUUAUUCCACCUUUUAGCAACACAAUUGACUAUUAUAAUCACUUCUACAAAUAUUGAGUCAUGUUAACAAAUCAAGAUAAAUGCACCUGCUAAUCAGAGGUGCAGUUAACUCAGCAUUUGGGCAAUAUUCCCUUGGGGUUUCUAAUGCAUAACGUCCAGUGAGAAAUGAGUUUAACAAUGGUCCAGCUGUUUAAUACCCCUGUGUUAUUCCAGAGUGUUUUCUCCGUCUCACGAAAAUUGUAUGGCUGGUAUUUGCACAUCAAUCGACAGGCUUCAGCUAUCCUCAAAUCCCCCCCAACAAAAUGAAAAAAGCUGGUCAAAAACAGAAGCAUAGUAUAAAGAAUGAUAUAAUGAGUCGUUUGACACAGCAGAAUUCCAUCCGCUCUGGUGGAUCUGGUCAGUAGACCAUGACGGGUUUUUUUUUGGUGUCAGGAACAAAGAAAAGCAAGCUCUGGAAUAAAUGACUGGGUGGCAUGACUGGUUGCAUUUGAGGUUAUUUUGCUGAUAGGAACCUUGGUUGCAGUUUAGUGUAGGGUGAGGCAGCUCAGGGGAGACACUCUGAUUGUGUUGAUGGGACCCAAAGCACAGCGCUGCAGGUGAAUCCCAAUUAACAUGCUCAGGACAAGCUGCCUGCAUAAUGUUUGCACAGAGAAGUAUGAGUGCACUGACAGCCUUGAGAAACUGGACCUUCCGGAUGUCUCUUACCCUGAGUCUGCUAUCCUAGACUGGGAGAGUCUGCAGGAGCUCAAUGAAUGCUUCACCAAGUACAUCAACUGGGCACAUGUGCUCGAGCAGCACAACGCCAUCUUCAGGAAGCAGCUGGAGACUCUGCACAGGAUAGAGGAGGUCUCUAACCUGGAAGACGGCUUUGUUGAGCAGAUCAAGCUGAACCGGCAAAGGAUUAGCGAACUGUCAUUUCAACGCACCAAAUUACAGCAUGAGUGGAAAGAUGCUGAGUGGGUUCUGAAUGAGCACAACAACAGGUACAGGAGUGAAUGUGAAUACCAACAGCAGCUGCGGAGCACUCUAGGGCAGCUUAAUAAGGAAGCUGAUGCUGCUUUGCUAAGGAAUUUGGGGUUUCAGAUCCAGUGCCAGUUGCUUAAAGAUGACAUCAGUUCCACUAAAGAGAGAAACAAAAAGUGUUGUGUGUUUCUUGUCCUGCAGAACUUUACUGAGAUAAAGACCUAUGUGGACAUUCUGCGACAGAUAGACCAGGCAAAGCCACGAGUCUCUGUCGUGUCCUGUGGAAUUACAGAGGAGAAAUUCUUAGCCCAGAGGUGUGUCACCAUCCUGCAGAGUCAGUUGGAAGAAUAUGGGAGCAUCAUCUACCAGCUGCAAUCAGAAAAACAAAGGCUCCAGAAUGAGACUGCAGUGUUGGAGCAAACAAUCAAAUGUACCCAGGAGAGCCACGAUGACGAGAUCCAGCUGUACAACGAGAAGGUUAACAUGCUGCAUAAGGACAUAGAGGAGGCCGAGUGCACGCUGGAGAAGUGCACGGGCAAGUGUCGGCACCUGGACUUCUAUCUGGCUUCUCUGGAGAACGAACUGGACAGAUAUAGGAGGAUUAUCAAGAAAGAGGGUGACAGACUGAACCUGGCAAUUACUACUACUCCUGUGAUGUUCUCAACGAAUUUACAAUUUGGCCAAACCUCCCUGGUGGGCAGCAGAGGAAGAGAUCUGACUCAAGCCAUACAGGACAUCACCAGUGCAAAACCUCGCCAGAAGGUCCUGAAGGAAAACAUGCAAAAUAAUAAGGACGUUACAUCCAAAGAAAAUAUGCUGGAGGGGAUGGAAAGGGGGAAGCCGGGGGAAGAAGGGAAGGAGAUCGAAGAGCAGAUGGACUCAGUUUUAUAUCAAAAUGUUGGUGGUGAACCUGAGGAUGUUCCAGAUGGAAGCCAGAUCAGUAGGGGGUUUAAAAUGCUUCAUGAUCUCCUGAGAGGGCGACUGGGUAAGCACAAGAAGAAGGUGCCAAAACCUGAGCCUGAAACUGAGCCUGAACCUGAGCCUGAACCUGAGCCUGAACCUGAGCCUGCGGUCGACAUCUACACCAAGGGCAGAUAUGUGACUGUAACUGGCGAGAGCAGCUAUGUGAGUCCUUACUUCUCCUCUUCCCCCUCAGCAGGACAUGUUUCCAUCACCAAGGCUAAUGGCGCAACACCUCCUGAUGAAGACUUAGGAAAGGAAAUAUCCAUUCCUGUUCCUGUUCCCUCCCCAGCUCCCUCACCCCCACCCCUAACACCAUCUACUCCUACAGGAAAUGGAAAGGAGGGUGGAAAUGGCAAAAAUGACAGAAAGGAGGGUGACAAGGAGGAAGAUGUUGUGGGAGGAAAAUAUGGGAAGAGCAACGAGAAUGGAGGUGAAGAAGAAUCUCAGCAUCCAGAAAGUGACCCAGCUCAGCCCUUCAAGACAAAUAUGUGGGGCAACAUCUCUGAUGGCAGUAGUCAGUAUUUGCCCCUACCCCUAAUGCCCCUCCCCAGAGCUAGCCCAUCCUCUGAAUUCAUAAGCUAUGAGAAGGUGGAGAUGGCAGAAUCUGUCAAGAAGAUUUCUGACGACAACCGAUUCAAAGACUACGAGGAGACUGUUGUUAUUGUAGAGACAAUGGUUGAGAAGACCAGCAAGAAAAAGCAUGGAGGACGAUCCUACUAACUAAUGCCCUCUUUACUACUCUACCUUACAGUCUGGAUUCCAGCUAUGGAAUAAUUGCAGUUAUGACUGACUUUGUUUGACAAUACUUUGCUACUUUUUACGCAUAUGCCAUUUCCAUUAACAGCCUGAAAACAGGGAGUAUGAUAAGAGUCCAUUUAAAAAGGAAGGAAUCAACAAAAAUCGUUCACAGGUGUAUGCUGCACUCAAAAAAAGAUUAUACACUCUACCUUUGAAUUAAACAGACUUCAGUAGCUAUGCUUUUUUGGUUGGAGUCCACUGAUUAAUCUGUGUAUAGCUUUGUUUUCAAAAUAAAAACAUCUUAAAAUUGC